AUGUAUGUGUGCAUAGAGUGUGGAAGCAGGGCAAAGCAUCUGUUUCUCAGAAACUCCUCUGCCCAGCAGGUUUCGAGAUGCCCAUCGUGCAACAGGAAAAUGGACAGGUACUUUGAGCUGAACGGUCUGAUAAAACUCAUAGACCUUCUCCUGCUUAAAAGAAGAAUCUUCAGGCAUUACCUCUUUAAUAGCAAGAGAGACUUCACCAAGGAUGUCCUGAUAAUGCUGGCUGUCAGGAUGUUCACCGAGCCUAUACUCCAGCACCACGAGGCCCUGGGACUUCUCCUUUCCGAGGGUCCAGGCGAAGGCGUCUCCAUUGCAGAGAUGGCCACCAUCUGCAGAGAUGUUCUGGAGAGUCUAAUGGAAACGUCUCUGCUGCUGGUGCUGGUGUUUAGCAUGUUCCAUAGACAUGCUGGAUUCGUAAGGCUGUCCAGCGCACUUCUGCUUUCGAGCUUCUACUAUCUAUUCAUGUUCAUCAUGACAAUGUGGAGGUACCAGUGCGAGGAGUAUCUGCUUGUCAUAGAGUUUCUGUGUGUGGCAUGCAACUCAAUUGUGAUUUCGGAGAUCUGCCUGGUACGGAACGAAGUGGCACUCGGAUGCAUCUAUGGAUGCAAAUUUGCCGCAGGACUGGUAUGCAAAAGAAUCCUUGGGACCAUUAGAUUGAAUUUAUUCUUGAGUGGAUGCAGCACCAUUCCCAAGUAUUCUCCGGCUUAG